ACUUGCAUUUGCACAAAUGCGCGGAGUUUUCGGUCUGCUCUUACAGGAAACAUUGCAAUAUGCCUUUGGGACAAUUUCAAAACCAAACGCAGUCUACAUGCACCCCUCCUCUGUUGGAUCAGUCUCUUUUCACCGGUCCCGCCGGAUAUACACAGGGUCGCUACUGUGGCCUCGGAUCAUUUGAGGACGGAACGACAUGUUGUUUUCCCUGCCCUAUACAAGACUGGCUCUAUCCUCCAGAAUGGCAACAACAGCUUCGUGUACCCAACUACCUCUCUAUUCUAUCCGUAAUCCUGUGUUGCUUCCUGCUGCUUUCUUUUGCAGUUCUCCCUCCUGAAGUGACUCAUCGACAUUAUCUCUCUGUCGGUCUUCUCUUCCCCGUGCUUUUCAUCACGCUGUCGUUUGCCAUACCCGUCACUACGAAUCCCAGCAUGUGUCAUGACAAAAUCACACCAGACGAUAUGCACGGCUCCUCGUCAUGCGCCUGGACCGGCUCAUUUGUCGCCUUGGGUGGAUUGGGAUGUGUGGUCUGGGUCUUCCUACGCUCUCUCUGGCUUCAUAUACGUAUAUUCUGGGACAAAGAUCCGGGUAAACGAUUCAAGUGGGGAAGUAUCAUAUUCGGCACCGUGGUACCGCUCAUCUUCCUCACUGUAAUUCUAGUUGUCACGGGCUUCAGUUACCGUAUGGGACAGACGUGUUUGCCAAACCAUGAGAGCGCAAUCGUAACAUUCUGGGUUUGGCUGGUUGUCUUCGCUAUCCUUGCUUUCCUCCUUCAACUCGUCACCACCGGAUACUGUUUCUUUGUCUUCGUACGCACUCUACAGCGCGAGCGUCGAGAGUCAGCUAUGAAUUCUUUCCAACAGCAGCGUACACACGACAGGCUCGAGACGUGGUCCAAUGUUCGUCGCUUGUUUCUGCUCCAAUGGCGCAACAUUCUUGUCAGUAUUUUUGUCAUAGUGGGGAGUAUCAGCUUCUUCAUCGUGUUCUGGAGCCAGGAUAGUAAGCUAGGAAUGGUGUUUAACGAUCCUGAGAACAUCAAGCCUGUAAAGACUUGGAUCAUCUGCCAGACACUGAGUAGAGGAGACAAGGAGGAAUGUCGCAAAUAUGUGCAAAAUUUCACGGUCAACCAAACUGCUGUGCUCACUUCACUUAUAUUGGCUUCGUUGAUUGGUAUCGAAAUAUUCAUCCUCUUAUUUCGUCCCUCUAUGAUCACUGGUUGGAUAGCCAUCUUCCGUGGCGGCGUCAACUACGCUCGACGUAGAGGUCGCCCUGCCACACCUCCGCUCACGUCGCUCGAGAAUCCCGAGAAGUAUCUCCCUGCAUCUCCAAGCAGGCGACGUCAAUUCUUCUCAGUCUUUUCACCUGAUACACAGAAAAACGCCGUCAGCUCUAGUCACACAAGAGAUCCUACAUCUGGUACAACAGAGUUCGGUAUGCUAGAAACACGACCCCCGUUCGAGCGCUUGACAAGUGAUGCUGUCCUCUUGGAGCAACCGGAGCAGAGAUACCAGAGUUUCUGGGAUACCACGAGCUCGACCGGGAAUUCGAGAGCCGCCACGCCUCUGCAGACAGUCGAUGAGCAGCCAAAUUCGCGCCCAUCGAAUCAUUUAUCAAAUCGUUCGCUCUCUCAGAUACAACCUGGAUUAUCUGCUGAUCACAUUCCUCGGUCAUAUACUCCGAUGAGACAGGCCCCCGCACCACCCUCACGUGCGUCCUCUGUGACAUCUGCUUCAAUAAAUAUCAAAUACUCACCCUCCUUGAUUAAGCCAAGAACAUCAGGUACGCCGACAGUGAGGGGUAUGAUUAGUGCACCAAUAACGGAGUCCUUUGUCCAUAUUGAUGGAGCAUUCAUGGCGAGGAGCGGAAGUAGGGCUAGUGAAAGGGGUGGCCCAUUAGGCUUGAAUCCGCCCAUGUCUGUCAACGCAGAGGAUACCAAUGACAUCCACAUGAAUAGCAACACGACACCGCGUUACCACUCCCAUUCACCAUCCACCAGAUCAACCAUACCCGCCGAAACAAUGCCCCCCAAGAACGUCAUCAAAUCCCGCGGCACCGCCGAACCCGGCUUCGCGCAAAGCACGUAUCAAUACUUCACUAGCAAGGAGAACCGCUCUGUCGUCACCGCCGUCGGCAUGUUCGCUGUACGUCUAACUUUCUGA